UGCGGGUUCUGUAAUGUUGACGUUUGUAUUAUUUAGUUAUUGUUUGUGGCAGGAGAAAAGAAAAUAUGUGUGUUCAUUUUAGUUUUUUUAAAAUGUGCUCGUGAACAAAGCUGAAAGCAUAUGAAUACAAUGUACGAAGUCAGAGUGUGGAAACUGAAGUGUGAAAUAGUAGUCGAGUGCAAUGGACGCUGUUUACCCCUAUUCAAAUUGUGGAAUUUUGAAAUUGUUUACAAAUGAGAGCUGUCGCGUUGUAUGCAAUAUUAUCUAAAUGCCACCUUACUGCCGUGAACGUCUUUAACCACAAUGAGGUGGCUAGUGAAGAUAAUAAUAGUCAUGAAAAUAUGGACAGGCAUGGUAGAGUUCGGUCCUUCGUCGCUAACCUAUGCAGCGGAUCUUCGUUUAACAAUAGAGCCAAAGGACACAGUUGUCGUUUUGAACGGUACAGCUAUUCUUGAUUGUGCUGCUGAGAGUUCAGAUGUGACUGCGGUGCCAGAAAUCAAGUGGAGAGCAAACGGUGACCAGCCUUUGACAUUUAUUGGAGACACACACAGGUCACGGCUUGAUAAUGGGUCAUUGUCAGUGCACAUUGGAUCAGCUGCCUAUGAUGAAUUACAGGGAAACUACCAGUGUAUUGCUUCACUCCCACAUGUUGGAUCAAUUGUUAGCCGAAAGGCAUCACUCACUUUGGCACCACAACUGCAGAUAUCAACACCUCCAAAAGACAUAAUUGUGUUUCCAGGGCAAACAGCUUUUUUUAACUGUUUUGUUGAUGUGUCUUUGGAAGUCAGUGUCAUGUGGUUGAAAGACAAUCGGCCUCUCCUCUUGGAUGAGACAAGAAUGCUCGUUUUGCCUUCUGGUGCUUUGGAAAUAGAUGAAGUGCAACUGUUGGAUGAGGGAAAUUAUCAGUGUAAUGUAACAAUGUUAGGACAAAAUCAGAUUAGUGAAAAAGCAGUUCUUAAAGUUGAUAAAAAUGCAGGUAUUCAUGGUGUUACACCACCUGUUUUUGUAGCACUGCCCCGGCCAUCUGUUGUUAUCGCAGGUAGCACUGUGACUCUUGACUGUGCUGCAGUUGGGAAUCCUAAUCCAUCCAUCGUCUGGCUGAAGGAUGGAAUUGCUAUUGAUAUGUCGAAUUUGGAUAGCCGAUUCCAAAAAAUUGGUCAGGGCAGUCUUCAGAUAUCUAAUGUUCAGGAGGCAGAUGAAGGAACAUACCAGUGCCGAGCUGAAAAUGGAGCAGAUUCUGUAGAUGCUGCAGCCACCCUUGAGGUCCAAGUUCCACCACAUUUUCUGAAGCGGCCUGCUGAUACUCAUGCUUCUGAGAAACAAGAUUUGGAACUUGAGUGUAAAAUGUAUGGCAAGCCAGAGCCUAAGGUACAUUGGGAAAAGAAUGGUGAUGUGAUAUGGCCUAAUGAAUACAUUCAUAUGGUUAAUGGCUACAACCUCAAAAUUCUUGGCCUGAUGACAAUGGAUGCAGGAAUUUUCCAGUGCAUGGGAUCAAACCCUGCAGGAAACAUUCAAGCAGCUGCUCAGUUAACUGUAUCACAGUCAGUGGAUUUCCAUGACAACUCUCUGUCUCAUUCUGACGUUGUACUAACAAAUUUCACCCAAUCCCCACAUUCAGCAGCCCCUCCCAUAGAUGAAGAAAGGGCACCAGUGCAAGAUGUUCCAUCAGCUCCACAAUUCCUUGAAGCAGUCAUUGUUUCCACGCGAUUUGUUACAUUGAGCUGGAAACCUCCUGCAAAUGCUCGGGGUGAAAUUCUUGCAUACUCAGUUUAUUAUCGGCGUGAGGGAUCGCAAAGGGAACGCAUAAUGAAUACAACACGAUCACGACUUGAGGAAGUCAACAUACCUGGACUGAUGCCAGAUAAAUUAUACCAUUUCCGUGUUGUGGCAUAUAAUGAGCAUGGACCUGGUGCAAGUUCAGAUAUUUUAAGAGUGAAAACUCAAGCUGAAGUGCAUGUACCAGGACCUCCCAGGGGCCUAACAGUGAUUGCAACGAGUCCUACAAGUCUUCUUGUUCAAUGGCAACCACCAGAUCUGACAAAUGGGCUUGUACAGCACUACAAGAUGUUUUACAUGCAGGAAGGUUCGGUAGAAGAGCACCACAUUGUUACACCAGACUUGCAGUAUGAGCUGACAGAUCUCAAUAAGUUUACCGAGUACAGUGUUUGGGUUGUUGCCGUUAAUCAGAAUGGCCCAGGGUCAAGUACAGAAGAGAAAACAGCAAGGACAUUGUCUGAUGUGCCAACAGAGCCACCCCAAAACGUCACACUGGAAGCAAGCAGUUCUACCAGUGUUAUUGUACGAUGGGAACCACCUCCCAGAGAGAGUCAGAAUGGAAUAAUCACAGGUUACAAGUUGAGAUAUCGUAAAAAAGACCGCAAACGUGGUGACACUGUCACAACACCUGGUGACAGGCGACUCUAUGCACUAAUAAAUCUUGACAGGCGGUCUGUAUAUCAGGUGCGACUUUGGGCUCUUAACGUAAAUGGUUCAAGUCCACCAACUGAGUGGCACACUACUGAGACAUUUGAGAAUGAUCUGGAUGAAUCACAAGUACCGGACACACCUGUGGGACUCAAAGCAAGACCAAUGACAGAUAGCAUUACUGUCUCAUGGAACCCUCCACGUAACCAGAAUAUUAUGGUACGUGGUUAUACCAUUGGCUGGGGAAAAGGAAUCCCAGAUGCAUAUACACAGCUUCUAGAUGGCAAACAACGAUACUAUGUUAUAGAACAACUAGCCCCAAACUCAGAGUAUGUAAUUAGCCUAAGAGCCUACAAUGAAAUGGGAGAUGGUCGACCUGUUUACACAUCUGUGCGAACAAGAGAAGAGAUGGCGCCAGAACCACUCACUCCACUUGUUCCUCCUGUUGGGCUUAUGGCUAUUGUUCUAUCUUCUAGAUCAGUUGUUGUUUACUGGACAGAUACAACACUAUCCAAAAACCAGUUUGUGACUGACAAUAGGUAUUAUGUAGUAAGAUACACAUCUUCACAUCAUUCACCUAACCCUCGUUACAAGUACUUGAAUUCUUCAGACCUGAAUCUAAUGAUAGAUGAUUUGAAACCAAAUACGCAGUACGAAUUCACAGUGAAGGUGGUCAAGGGGCGACGAUCUAGUCCAUGGAGCAUGGUUGUUAUGAAUAUGACGCAAGAAGAAAGACCAUCUUCUCAGCCUCGAGAUCUAACUGUUGUUCCUGUUGAAGACAAUCCAACAAUUGUGAAUUUGAACUGGCAGCCACCAAAGCAGUCAAAUGGCCCAAUAACAGGCUAUGUUAUUCUAUAUACCUCUGAUAACACAUUGAAUGAUCGUGAUUGGGUGGCAGAAGGAAUUGUUGGUGAUAAAAUGACGACGUCAGUGAAGAAUCUUAGUCCACAAACAACGUAUUAUUUUAAGAUACAGGCGCGUAAUAAUAAAGGAUAUGGGCCUUUUUCUGCAGUUGUAACAUUUACCACUGGAAUAGAUAACCCAGGAAUCACCAACACAAUGAUGUACAUUAUUGUGGGCUGCAGUCUUCUUUUAGGACUGGCAGUAACUACAGCACUAGCUGUUAUCUGUUGCAAACGCAGGAAUACUGAGCGGAGCAAGAAAGGGUACAUAAAAGGAAAUACCAAGAGUAAAGCAGGAAAAACAAAUAUAAAGCCCCCUGACCUAUGGAUCCACCAUGAUCAGAUGGAACUCAAAGCCCUGGAGAAAACACAGGCAUCACCAGCAACAAAUGAGAUGACUGCUGCUGUAGCAACUUUGCCCCAAAGUUCACGGGAGUAUGAGCCAGAGCAGGAAUCAAAGUUCCAUCAGCCAAGUACUGCUACAAACUCUCUUGAUAAGAGAGCAUAUGUUGCUCCAUAUAUAGUUGGACCAAACAGUGAUGAAAAAACUUCGACAGCUAGGAGGGUGAUCAAACCCAAACCUAUAAAUAUAACAGCAAGCAGCCAGCCUUCCAGGGAAUUGGCCAGUGGGGGUGCUGCUGCAGGGCAGCCAGCAGUUGCUACAGAUGUGAGCCGACCACAGUAUCCUCGUACUCAAUACAGUAUUUCUCGAGCUCAUGUUACACUUGACCAAUCAGCAACACAGUCUCCGGAAAAUCCGUAUUCUUUGCAGAGCAACUAUGAACCAUCAACUUCACACCAGCAGGGUCCAUACAGUGCGGGAUUGCAGCAAUCAGCAGCCAGCACCCAGGAGCCUGGUGGCUCAGGUACAAUGGGGAAAAGGCUUCAGGGUCAUCCACUGAAAAGCUUUAGUGUUCCUGCUCCCCCUCCACAAUCUGCACCAUCAACACCUCAACAGAAACAUAUUAUGCGACCACAGGGGUCAUCAAGUCCAUACAAAAAAGCAGGCAUUUUAACCAAUACCCCUGCUUCAUCUGUUGGUUCAGUGCCAAAAGUGAGAACGGCAUCUGUAGAAGAUCCUAACACUAUCCAGCCUUCCUACAGUACAGAAGAGCUCAACCAAGAGAUGGCUAAUCUGGAAGGUCUAAUGAAGGAUUUGAAUGCUAUCACUGCCUCAGAAUUUGAAUGCUGAGAAUGGAUCUGCCACAUCAUUCAGGGAAUGCUUCUGCUGAGGUGCAAGAUGUACACAAAAUACAGUUGCUGCUUAAGUACUGCAAAAAAGCAUUCUGUGUUUAUCUUUUAAUGAGAUUAGUCAAUAAUGGCAGCUCCAGUAUUGUCUCAAGAAUGAACUCUUGUGGCGUGCAGUUUCAGUAAUCAUCUCUAAUAUUAUGUACGAUUGACUUCUAGUACCCUGCUGUUUUUGUUAUAAACGGAAAAGAUGUUUCCACAUAUUUUCAGUGAGUGUUGGUCAGUCUGGUGUAUAUUGAAUGAGAUAUGUUUGUGAAGUGUUAUUCAGUUGAAAGUUGUCAUAGAUGAAUGUGGCCUAAACACUGAGAAAUUGGUUUUUUAUGUAUUAUGCAAUUUACAACGAAGCAGUAACUAGUCCGCUUCUGUUGUAUUUGUGAGAAAAUGUGAAAAGGAUGGGAUAUAUUUGAAUGAGUUCUUUUGCUGUUUUCAUAGGUGCUUCAGUUCAGUCUUCCACUGAGAGUAAAUCUUGCCAAGAUGUAAUAUUAAACCACAUUAAUAAGUACAAUCAUGGCUUCAUGAGCUUUGAAAAAUAUAUUAAUGAUCUCAAAUUUUGAAGCUUGUGUGCAUUUUCAGAUUGACACUAGACAAUUCACAGUUGCAGCUAUACAUAUACUGACAUUAAAUAAUUUGAUGUACAGUCCUGACUUGUAAUGGUAUCUGAUCCCCGCCACCCCCCCCCCCUUUUUUUUUUAGAGAAUAUUGUUUGGAUCUGCAGACAUUGAGCCUCUUUUAUUCUUGUAAAUUUAUUACAAAUAAAUAAGGGGAAAAAAUAGAAAUUAUAUUUGUGCUUCUGAUAUUUCGUAUUGUGUUAUUUCCAGAAAGUAUAAAGUAGUGCCUUUGUAAAAUAUGUGCAUACUUCACUUACAUUUCUGAAAACAUUGCUUCAUUCAUUAUCUUUGUGAGACAGUCGUGAUCCGUGGGAAGGCUUAUUAAAAGUAUUGUUUUAUUUUGUAGUUAAAUAUUUCUGGGACAGUGAUAUUAAGAUACUAGAAAAACAGCCUGCUUAACUGCAUUGACAUUUGCAUUGCUUCCGUAUAUGUUUGA